AUCAUUUAAUUCAUUUGAUCACCACACAACUCUAGUUUUUUUGAGAAUUAACAUGGAGAAGCCGGGAAAUGUAAUUCCGAUAGGUUCACCGGCUGUUGAACCGGCAUAUGCUCCGUUGAUGGGGACUCCAUCUCAUGAUCACGGCCAAUGGUCUAAUGGUCUUCUUGACUGCACCUCAGAUAUCGAACUAUGUUGUCAAACAAGUUGGUGUCCAUGCAUUACCUUCGGGCAAAAUGCAGAGAUAAUUGAUAGAGGAUUAUCAUCGUGUGGGGUGAGCGGAGCUCUAUAUGGCAUAGUUGGAUUUCUAUCGGGUUUACAUUUUGUUUACGCAUGCGCCUAUAGAACCAAGCUCAAACGACAAUAUGGAAUAUCAGCAAGUCCUAUUCAAGAUUUGUGCACCCAUAUUUGGUGCCACCCUUGUGCCCUAUGUCAGGAGCAUCGUGAGCUUCAACACCGUGGUUAUGAUGUUCCUCUCGGAUGGUAUGGUAAUUUGGAGAAGCGAAACGGGGGCACGGGUAUGGAUAAUCCCCCUGUGGUGCCGGGUGGUAUGACCCGUUAGAUCAAAGAUGCAUAUGCUUUUAUAGUUCAUUUUCUAGCUUUGAUUGGCUAUUUUGUAUGUUGUGUUUUUAUGUAAUUCUAUUUAUGAACUAAAUUAUACCUUCAUUAAGUCCCAAUGUUUAAGAUCGUUUCCUUAUUAACAACUUAAUUCUUUCCAAAAAAAAAAAAAACAACUUACUAAGAAAAAAAGAUUUAUUAGCUAAUUAAUGCAAAAAAGUGUAUUGUACUUUAAAAUAUUUAUAUUGUUAUUAUGGAGUGUUUGUGGUAUGUGAAUUUACAAUUGUGUUU